CAGCGGCGUCGUAACGUAGAGCGUUACGGGCUACCGGCAGAAGUAGACGGGGAGAAGGAGGUGGCGGAGGAGGAGGAGGAAGAGUAGGAGAAAAGAAGAGUGAGAGAGAGUGGGACGGACGGAAAAAGCGGGGAGAGAGAAACACGGCGUCUCGCGGGGAAGCGCUGACACGCGGUGUAGCGAAAAAUGGCGAAGACGUUUCGCACGGUGACGGUCUCGGCUCUGUCAAACAAUGGAGUGUCCACGCCGAAGUACAACAAACCGGUCACGCUCAAUAUCAAUUACGAUCCCCAGGGCCUCAGCGUCGAGCUCAUCGCAGGAGAUGUUCAUGGUAGGGAAAAGGUCAGUUUGUUGGAAUUUCCAGUGACUCCCAGUACAGAAUGCUCUCGCGUAUCAUCUCGAAGUUACGUUUUUACACUCGAUACAGAUAGCUUACUGAUUACAUUUGCUAAUGAAAUAGAUUUUCGCAAUUUUCACUCACAUGUAGUAAAACUCAAGAUGGGAAAGGGUGUGUCGGCAUUCAAUGAAAGAACGGAAGAAUCCUCGGCGAUGCAGUAUUUCCAGUUUUACGGUUAUCUCUCGCAGCAGCAAAACAUGAUGCAGGAUUAUAUUAGGACCAGCACGUACCAGCGAGCGAUUCUCGGGAAUUUGUCCGAUUUCAAAGAUAAAGUUGUACUCGACGUAGGCGCCGGUUCUGGCAUAUUAUCAUUCUUCGCCAUACAAGCCGGCGCGAAAAAAGUGUACGCCGUGGAAGCGAGCAAUAUGGCAAAUCAUGCCGAGCUUCUAGUUGCAGCUAAUAAUUUAUCAGAUAAAAUAAUAGUCAUAGCCGGAAAAAUAGAAGAGAUCGAUUUACCCGAAAACGUGGACUGUAUAGUGAGUGAGCCUAUGGGAUACAUGUUGUACAAUGAACGAAUGCUCGAAACUUAUUUACAUGCGAAGAAAUGGUUAAAUCCAGGUGGAAGAAUGUUUCCCUCCAGAGGUGAUCUGCAUAUCGCACCUUUUUCUGAUGAGAAUCUUUACAUGGAACAAUUCAAUAAGGCCAACUUUUGGUAUCAGACAUGUUUUCAUGGAGUAGAUCUCUCUGCCAUGAGAAAUAACGCCAUUAAAGAAUAUUUUAGACAACCCAUUGUCGAUACUUUUGAUAUUAGAAUAUGUAUGGCAAAAUCUGUGAGGCACAUAGUAGACUUCCAAACAGCUGAUGAGACUGAUUUACAUAAAAUAGAAAUAAAUGUCGAUUUUCAUAUACUAGAGAGUGGUACAUGCCAUGGUUUAGCUUUUUGGUUCGAUGUAGCGUUUAUCGGAUCAACGCAACAAGUUUGGUUAAGUACUGCUCCUACAGAACCUCUGACACACUGGUAUCAAGUACGCUGCCUCUUAGAAAAUCCAUUAUUUUGUAAAAGUGGACAACUACUCUCCGGAAAAGUCAUUCUUAUAGCAAAUAAAAGACAAUCCUACGAUGUAACAAUAGAACUGAAGCUUGAAGGAACGAAUCUGGAAAGCAGUAACAACACCUUAGACUUGAAAAAUCCUUACUUCCGAUACACAGGCGCAGCGGCACAACCGCCUCCCGGUUUAAAUAACACUUCACCGAGUGAAGCCUACUGGACAACUCUGGAUGCGCAGGGUGCACGACAAGCGGUGAAUAUGGUCAACGGAAUGUCGGUUAAUGGUCUCGGGGAAGUCUCGAUGGAUACAAGCGCAACAGUAAAUCCAAAUAAUUUGCUGGCAAUAGGAGGACAACCAAACAUUCAUCCGGGUUCCAUCUCGAGUACAGGACGAGGUCGCGUGGGAGGUACGGCUACAAGCACACAAGCGGCACAAUUGAUAGGAGGUGGAAUAACGCCAAAUAUGUUUACGUCGCCUGCCACUCUUGGUGUUACUUUCCAGCAAUCGCUGGUCCUCGGCAACACUUCUCAUUAUCCAGUGAAUCCCAGCCUGAUGAUCGGUGACUAUGUGACUCCUGGGAACGGUAUAACGCCGCAGGCGUAUCGGCAAUGAUCCAUGGCGAAAUCGUUUCUCGCCGAGUAUUCCCGCAAAGUAAAACAAUUACAGAACGAUCGUAAUAGUUGUAGCAGUAUUGGAGACAUCGGCAACAACAGUAAGCAAGGCCGCAAACUGGUAUUUAGCUCCCCAACCAGUAAGCUUCGACUCUCGUCUGCCGUAAGAAUCUUAGGUACCGUCGACCUGGCCAAUCUCAAUUCCGACUUUAGUUACAACAACGUUGUUUAUUCAAACAAAAAUAUAAUCAGUUCUGGGUUUGCGUUUGAUUGGAAUCCUGUCGGAAAUAAGUCUCAAUGGGAGGCGCGUUGGAAAAGACUGCGAGCCGUCCUCUCGUAGUUAUCAUUAGUUAUUGAUUGUCUCGUAUAAUUAAUUUUUAUUUGGUCAUCACGUAGAAAAGAAAAGAUCUUCCAGAUCGACGUGCAUGCUUGCCAAAUAUAUCCACGAAAAUAUAAUAUUUUUAAUGACAAUAUACAGUCUCGUCGCUAUAGCAUAGGUAUCACUAUUUUACGAAAUCUUGACAUAAAUCCGUGAAUACGAUAACUUAUAAUAAAGAAGAAUCGGAAAUGAUCGCGCGUUGCGAUCCGUUUGUUUUAAUUCGAAUUGAGAUACUCCAAGUACUCGAAGACAGGCAUAUUUUACUAAGCUGUGUCAUUGGCUUGGUUGGGUUUCGAUAUCAAGCGACUUACACAAGUUUUUAGAAUAGGAAAAACAGCGACGUUUCGAACAUUUUGAGGAAGUGCAAAGAGCAAUAAUAUAUUAGGGGCGUAUGUUGUAAAGCACUCUGUGGCAUUACCUGUUAUUCAGAUGUCUCUUGCGCUUGUUUUUAAUCGACGUGUCUUUAUUUCGUUAGCAUGACACAACAAUACGCGAAAAAGUACAACUUUUUUAAUGAGUAUUAGCUAUCAUCGCGUAUAUAUUUCAAUCCCGUGUAAUCCGUAUCGAGACGUUUUAAUUGUUUGAUGGGUGUGAGGCAAUUAUUCGUCGAUUACGUUUCGUAGGUAUAAAUUGUAUAUAUAUAUAUUUGAAUGUGUGACGCAUACAUAGGUCGUGGGAUACUUCAUCUAGAAAAAAAGGAAACGACGACUAUUCAUUAAAAUCAUCCCAAAUGAACGUGACAAGUUUCAUUGCCAUAGUACAUAAACAUAAUUGCAGGUUUAUCACAAAUGCACUACACAUAAACUGGACAAGGUUUGUUCGAAUGGAAUCUUAUAGUUUUUUUACAAUAUGAUCUGUAAUUAGCUAUGCGUUACAGUUACACUUAUUUUUUUAAACACAUGUUUUGUAGUCGCGAGAAAUGUCUAUUUUGAAAAAUUCUUUAUAAAAGAUCUAUUGCGCGUAUACUGUGACAUUAAAUUUCAGGUUACAUUAUUUACAAAUUAAAGUAGACGUAUGCCAUAUAUUCUUCCUUUACCACACCUAUAAGCAUACAAUUAAAAGUCAUGUUUACGUUUAAUUUGCGUCACGUAUAUAUAAUUUUUUGUAUAUUAUGAUAUUAGUAGAAUAAUUAAUAAUGAAAAAUCUUUGAAAAUGAACGUUUUUUGCACUGAUGAUCUGUAUACAUAAGUGAUACUUGAAAAUGUGCAUAUUUCUUGUACUCUCAUAGUAAUAUUUUAAAGCAAAGCAGAAUUACACAGCGAUAAUAACUUUUCGUCAUUUUUAAUCAUUUUUACUCAUUAAUAUAAAAUUUAGUCAAUGCAGACCUUACUAAAUGUAUUAUAUUUCUCUCUAAUUUAUAAAAAAAAACAGCGAUAAUUGUAUUUAAUUUAAUGCAUAUUAAAAUUAUAUUUGAAAAUAUUUUCUUUGAUUAAUUUGGAAUAUUUUAUUAUCAGGGAUUAUCAACAAUUUUAAUACAAAGGGUUAAAUUAUUGUGUAAAGAAAAUUGUGUUGAACAUACAAUCUCUUGCAAACACAGCAAAUAUAUGUGUUGAAUGUUACAUCUUAUAUUUGAUGAUAAUUCAAGUAAAAAAUUUUUAGUUUAGUAAUUAAAUAUGAGAGUGAGAUAUCGCCAAUAUAUAAAAUUACUGUACAUAUAUAUAUAUAUUCUCGAAUAAUUUUUACAUAUUUUUUAAGAAUAUAUCAGUCGAUUUACUAGAAAUAAUACAAUGGGUAAUGUUUUUAGAUUUGAAGAUGCAUUACAUCGUUUGUAUAAUGUUAAGAAACAAAUAUGCAAGAAAUUUGUUCAAAAUUUUCUAUUUUAUUUUAUUUAGUAGGAAGAUAGAUUUUCACCUUUUACAUAUUGUAUUUAAUACUAAAAUGUAAAUUUGUUUGGUUUAAUUUAUACGAGAUAUCAAAUAAUUAGAAACAUAUCUAAAUUAUAAAUGAGCAAGGUAUAAUUUAGUAAUAUAUAACAAUUGUUUGUCAGGUUGAAAAAAUAUGAUACUCCUUCAAAUAUCACCCCAUAGAGAAUUUUGGAAUGUUAUUUUUUUCUAAAUAGUAAUAAAGCUAACAAUAAAUUGCAAAAUUCUACAUUUCUAAAAAAAUAAAGAAGUAAAAUUAAAUUUAAAAGAUACAUAUUUCUGUGUACACAAAUACAGAAUAUAUACUAUAGACGUCUUCAAAUCUAAAGGAGUUAUUCAAAGUGUUCUGUUUCUAGUGAACUACCGCGUGUAUCGUUAUCCUAGAUCUCUCAUUUUUAAGUCUUAUUAGGUUUUAAGGAUGUUACACUUUAUUUGUUAUCUGCAUACCCAUACAUAUACUUGCCAUCUAAAUGCACCUCCUAGUUACCUUAUCACCAGUGAAUGAAUGUGAUGAUAAUUUUUCAGCACCAGCUUGUUACUUUCACGCAAUCAUUUUUCGAAUCGAGAGACUCGAUGUGGAAGGCGAAUCAUAAAACUCGCGUGAUGCACCAAGCGCACUUCGAAUCAAAGCUAGAUAAUGUAUUUGUACUUACUCUUUACAGGAUCUUUCGUACCUUGCGUGACACGCACACUUGCGAAGGAUGUACAUAUGCACGUCGCGCCAUUUCUCGAUGAAGUAUUUCUGGUGAACAAAAAGUAUCAUACGCUUGUUAAUACGCGCCUCGGCACAUAUACAAAUCAAUUUCGUGACAGGCAUUCCACAAGUGCUACUAAUACUGCAUGGUUUGUUGUAAUAAUUAAUAUAAGGAUUUGCUUCUUCCAUCGUUUGUUUGGGAUAGUAACAUCGUCAGCAACACCUAGAGAACGUAAUUCUGUCUUGUUUGCCUUUCCUUCUUGUAGAUCACCAUUGAAAGAUAAAAAGAUUUAGUGAUAUUAAGGACAACGUUUAAUAUCAACUACGUUUCUAGAUGCUGCUUUCGACGCUAUCUUACAUUGAUGUGGAUGCGUGCGUUUUUUCUUUUUGUACCGUUAGAAUAUCGAAUAUAUAAGACUGCUACAUCGCUCGGAUAAACAUAUACGCGAUACUACAUAUCUCAUCCCAGUUGUAUCUUUCGCGAUUUUUGUCGUCACAAUUUCGUAUCGUUCGGAGUUUUUUUUCCCCCCUAAAAUUCCACGCAACUGGUGCACAUGUUCCGUUGAAUGAAUAUGUGUCGACUUUUUCAAAUCUGUUAUUUGUUAAUCGGAUCUCGAACGUUUUAUUCCUAUAAACUGGGAUACACUUUGUUAGCUAGCUUUCGCUCGUGUAUGUUUUCUGGCGGUAUUACCCGAGUAUUAAGUAGUCCAGCAGUGUUAUAUAGGAAUCCAUGCGUUUCAACGACUGAAAACUAUAUAAGAUAUCUCAGGUAGUUACGCGAGCUCGAGGAAUGCCUUUACUGCGCUAAGUAUCUGCAUCUCUUUUCGGUUCUUUAAGUUAAGUUUGUUCGCGAUACGGUAUGACGGUAGCAAUGUAGACGCAGGUUUUUAUUUACGAAUCACAUCCAUGAGUAAAAGCGUAGGCAUGACUUGACAAAAAAAACUUGUAUAAUCGCAUAAAAUCACAUAAAACUCAUACAAAUAUAAUCUCUAGUAUAAUCGUGUAGUAAAAUUGACCAGUUUACGUUUAAGAUAAGUUUUUCUCGAACUGAUAAUUUUUCCUUCGUUAUAUCUGUGGAACUUCAUUCGCGUGACAAUUUUCUUAGGACUCUUCUAUGAUUUUAGAUGACAUCCUGAGUACACAGGAUAAAUUAUUUUAAUCAAAAUGUCAAACAGUUAAUUUAUAGAUUUUAUUUUGCAGAUUAUCGAAGCAUCAGAAAUUCAAGACGUACAAUUUAUAUAGAAAUACGUCGCUUCUGUCAUGCACGUAUGAGAAUAAAAUUCUACGUAAAUGGAAGAGAAACAAUUUGAUGCAUCAGAAACUGUAGUACUUACAGAUAACGGGAUUAUAGUAAAGCAGAGACAUCGGUUUUAACAUGACAUUUUACUAGUAUGUUUAUAUUCAUUGUAAAUACGACAAUAUUUUUGCAGCAAACGCAAUCUUUUUUACCAUUUGUAAGAAAUUCUUUUUUUUAACGUUGUGCACACAACUCUAGACGUUGCUUGCUGAGCGUAAACAAGUUCAAGCGAAUUCUAAUGUUCACGCUUAUAUUUAAAUAAAUUUCGUUAACGGAAUGCAUCACACGAUAAUUUACUAUCAUUUGUAAAAAUAUUUUUAUAAGGAAUAGGUUUUUGACGUUCACUUUAAUUUGAGUGCGACUGUAUUACAUUGAAUUGUGGGACAUGUAUAAUUAGGAAGAAAUAAGUAUAAGUUUGCGAUAAAUUAUUUGAUUUUUAUCAAAAUCCGCCAGGCGGCAGUCUUUGGAAUUGAGAUCUUUUUCUCUUCUCCCAUAUAAAGAAGCUCGUUUUUAAUAAAAAUAUUUCAACGAA